UUCCGGUCGUGUGUCGGUGAAAGAGUUCCGGUCUUGUAUGUGGGUGAAAGGUCGCUCCCCACUCAAACAACUCGGUCUGUCAUUGACUUGAAUAGCAUUUAGUAAUUGAUCUGUCAUUGAUCUGAAUCGCAUUUAUUAAUCGAUUGAUCAGAGAAUCGUCAGUGAAUCAUGUCGAAGCAGCAGCCGAUCAGUCCGCUGAAGAAUUUCUUCGCCGGUGGAUUCGGUGGAGUUUGUUUAGUGUUCGCUGGACACCCGCUGGACACUAUUAAAGUGCGACUUCAGACACAAACAAAACCACGUCCAGGUGAAUCUACAUUUUACACAGGAACAUUGGACUGCUUCAAAAAAACCCUCGCAAAGGAGGGUGUUCGUGGUCUGUAUAAGGGGAUGGCGGCCCCCAUCAUCGGUGUCACACCCAUGUUUGCCGUUUGUUUUUUUGGUUUUGGACUCGGCAAAAAACUGCAGCAGAAAACCCCAGACGACAUUCUGACUUACCCGCAGUUGUUUGCAGCUGGUAUGAUGUCAGGUGUGUUCACGACUGCCAUCAUGGCUCCAGGAGAGAGAAUCAAAUGUCUCCUGCAGAUUCAGGCAGCGUCAGGAGAGGUGAAGUACGCCGGGCCGAUGGACUGCGUCAAGCAGAUUUACAGAGAAAGCGGCAUACGUGGCAUUUAUAAAGGAACGGCGCUGACACUGAUGAGAGAUGUGCCAGCUAGUGGAAUGUACUUCAUGACCUAUGAGUGGCUGAAACACGCUCUCACACCAGAGGGCAAAAGUCCGACGGAGUUGAGCGUUCCGAGUGUUCUGUUUGCCGGUGGAAUGGCGGGAAUCUUUAACUGGGCCGUUGCGAUUCCACCUGACGUGCUGAAGUCUCGCUUUCAGACGGCUCCUGAGGGCAAAUAUCCCAAUGGUUUCCGGGAUGUUCUGAGAGAGUUGAUUCGGGAGGAGGGUAUCAGGUCACUCUAUAAAGGAUUUAAUGCUGUGAUGCUCCGAGCGUUCCCAGCUAAUGCAGCCUGUUUUCUGGGUUUUGAAGUGGCUAUGAAGUUUCUGAACUGGAUGGCUCCAAAUCUGUGAUCCUAUAGACACAUGUACGAAUCAACACGGGACGGUCUCACUGCUUUGAUUUAUUUUGAAGGUUUUUUUUAAUAGUUGCAGAUGUGCCUUAAAUCAGCCUAUCAACCAAUUUCUGCCUCCAGGAACCUGAAUGUUAAUAAUGUAAAAUUACACCCAAUAUCUAACACGUGUUUGUACAUAGUAUGAGUGAAUGUACAUGAACAUAUCCGUUUACACGUCAUAGGCGGUGUCAAGGCCUUUAUCAUCUUUAAACCACAUGAAAUGAAUCAAGUACACAGAAGUUCAUGCAUAUACAUUUGUUGAUUUGAUUGUGUUUAAUUCUCUUAAGCUGAUGUUGAGUACAUGUACAUAAAUAAAUGUAUAUCGAGGAUGUUUGUGAUAGUUACACAUCCUCACGUCAACUUGUGAAUUUGCCUUGACUCUGUCUAUAUGGUUUAAAGUACUUAAAACAUACUGAUGAAUUAUGUUCUGCAGAACUAGAUGAAUAAAAUGGUGUAAAUCCAU